CAGAAAACGGACCGGAAUAUGCUAAAGUUGCUGUAACACCGGCGGCGGCCCACCUACCAGCCGCCGAUCGCCGUGCUCUCGUCACCUUCCAGCAACCCCCGGCGCAAGAAGCUCUUCCCUCCGGCCUCCGGCCUCCGGCGACCCCGACAUACGGCCCGACCCCCUCCAACUCCAAAGCUCCGCAGUCCGUCCACGGCCAUGGCAUUCCUCAAAACCCUAAACCCUCUCCUCCGCCGGACCCGCGCCCUCCCGAAUCCGAGCUCGCCCCUCUCCCACCACACCUUCUCCGCCCCUUCCCACCCCGCCGCCCCGCCCUUCGCGGCCGCUCGCCCCCACGUCCUCGCCAGCUCCCCCGAACCCCUACUCCUCCGCUCCGCCCCAUGGAUGCCCUCGCAGUCCCCCAGGCCGUUCACCGCCGCCGCCGCCGCUUUCCGCGCGAAGCCCCACAGGGCUCGCGCCGUUGCCGGCGGCGGCGCGCAGGCCGUGGCGGACGCGGUGCGGUGGGAGCCCAAGCGGGUAUACGGAAGCGGGGCUGCGGACGAGGGUGCCGGUCGAGGCGAGAGGUUUCUGAAUCUGCCCAAUUUGGUGUCGCUCGGGCGCAUGGCGUCGGGUCCGCUCAUUGGAUGGAUGAUUGUGAAUGGAUGGUAUCUUCCUGCUUUUGGCACACUAGCUUUGUCUGGUGCUAGUGAUUGGUUGGAUGGGUUCUUAGCAAGAAAGAUGGGCAUCAAUUCUGUAAUUGGAUCAUAUCUGGACCCGUUGGCUGACAAGGUAUUGAUUUGCAGUGUCGCCGUAGCAAUGGUUGAAAAGGAGCUCUUACAUCCUGGCCUUGUUGGCCUGGUGGUUGUAAGAGACUUUCUCCUGGUGGGUGGUGCUUUCUACAAACGAGCUUCGAGCCUAGGAUGGAAGUGGAACAGUUGGUCAGACUUCACCAACUUAGACGCAAUUCACCGUGAGAAGGUUGAGCCCCUAUUCAUCAGCAAGGUGAAUACAGUAUUCCAGUUGAUGUUGGUUGCUGGUGCGCUCCUUCAGCCAGAAUAUGGCACAGAAGAGACUCAGAAUUAUAUUACAUACUUGAGCUGGUUGGUAGCUACAACAACAAUGGCAUCCACCGUAGGUUAUGGUGUGAAAUACUAUCAGCUCAGACCGAGACGAUGACUGUUAUUGCCUGCAUUUUUUCUUCUUGAUGCCUGAUUGUGCUGCUGCUAGUGAGAGCAUGUCUUCGGCUACUGGUGCAAAACUAAGUGGAGUCGACCACCUUUUUACAACAGGAUGUUAAAUACCAGCAAUAUUACAAAUUGUGGAUUCAGCAUUUACCUGUGAGUUCAUGGCCCGGUCAAUCUGAAGAAAUAGAAGAGUCUUUUUAAUGAAACCAGACGAUAUUGAUAUAUUAGGGCCUCUCUCCUGAGUAGCCAAUUAGUCUGGUUAGUUAUACUUGUAGCCACUGACUAGAUAUUAAAGUUUAUGUAGAUUUUUCCCCCUUAAGAGUGCUUAUCAAACUGGAAGAGCAAAUGACAUCAACUCUGUUGCCAGUGUGUAUAUUAUCAGAGCUUCUGUGCUAAUUAUGAGAGAAUCAGGACCGGUGGAGGUUGACUAGUGGUUGGUCCCUCUCCAGAUGCCAGCAUAAAUUGGUUGAAGCCGACAGGUUGUCUCA